AUGAAGUUCAUUGACAUUUUAUUCGUACUGAGCGCGGCAGCAACCGCUAAUGCAAUACUGGUUUCAGAUAACGGCAAUGACUCAGUUCAGGCAUCAAGCACUUCGAGUCAAUUGUCUGGUCCAACCAAUGAACCUGAACCAGGCACUUCCGGACAAGGCCAGCAAUACUUGCAUCGAACUGGUCCAAGUGCUCCAAAACGAAGUCGAAAACGUCCAACGAAUCAACCCGGUCCAAGUGCUCCAAAACGAAGUCGGAAACAAUCAAUGGAUCAACCCGGUCCAAGCACUUCCAAUCAAGACCAGCAACAACCAGUGAGCGAAGAAGGUAUGUCUGAGCCAAGUCACAGCCCAGAAGCUGAAGAACCAUUGGAAGAAGAUAGUAUCAAACAAAAAGCGAAAAAGUUUAUUGAAGAGUAUGGUUUUGAAUAUGAAGAGCCGGAUUCAGAUUCAGAAGAGUCGAGUUCAGAUUCUGAAGAGCCGGAUUCAGAUUCUGAAGAGGUCGAGCUCAAAUUCACAUUGACAUUUACCAAUCAAUUUGAUUUUGAAUAA